AUGUCCUUUCUUCUUUACAUAAACAACCCAUUCCAAGAGCACAGGACAAAUUUUGUGGAUUUUCUCAAGCGCAUCACCAAAACUACGCAAAUACGGGUGUUUCAGAUAGAAAACGACUUUCUUCCCUUCUAUUUUUUGAUAUUCGAAUCGAAAAACGAUUUGCAGACUGCUCUUAAUAUUCUUGCUAUCAUCAAGCGGCAAUUCAUUGCUAACCUGGAGUUUUGCACUGAAAACAACCUGAAGGUGCAGGGCAUGUGUCUGUCCAAAGGGCAGAGCGCCAUAUUAAAGGAAUACGAAGCGUGUGUUAGUGAGAGCGGUGUGCUUGAAAAGUUUAAGGCCGAGCUGAACUGCAGCGAAAGCAGAGAUCCGGAGGUAGAAAUGUCAGAAAUCUACAAAAGACUCCUCGAAAGCUGGACAGAGCAGGAAAAGGAGAUUAAAGAAGAAUUUUUUAAGAAGUUAAAGGCUUUUGAAUCAAAACCAAAAAGGACCGUAGAAAAACACUGAAAAUGCCGUCGCCUUUGCAGAAUAGGAUUUGCUCUUUGGAUGAGACGGGUUUGCAAGACUGCAACCGACCAACGAAAAGUGCACAUGAAGGUAAAGAAAGAGCUCAAAAUAAUAGCAUUUGUCCCAGCAGACCAGAAAAUGGUGUAAAAUUAACUAAACAUGCUUUUGGUGAAGAGUCCAAAAUCACAUGUAAGAUAUUCUUAGACCAUUUUCAACGAGGAGAUGAAGUAAAACCAUGAAUUGAGGGCCUCGCUACGGCAUUUUGUGAGGUGAUACAGCUUUCUGCAUGGUAUUUAUGUGGUCAGCGCGUUCGUGUUAUCAUUGGUUGGUCCAUGUACAGAAUAAAGUGCAUGCGAUAGCCGUUCAAAUGAGAAGAUGCAGGUCUUCACAGCACCUCCUCGUUCACCGACAGAAUGUCCAGCAACAAAACCGUGCGAUUACCUCUGUUAACCACAAAUAUCGCCGAAAAGAUGCCAAGAUCACAG